GCGGGUGCGGCCAUUUUCGGGCCGGGGACGCAGGGCGGCGUGCGUGUGCCGGGCGUGCGUGUGUCCGUGUGAGCUCGCCCGCCGGACCACCUGCCUUCCCUUCUCCCUCCGGGAGGCGCGCCGCGUCCGGGGGGGAGGGCGGAAAAAGCUGCUCGCGCGGCCCGGGCGGGCGGUGGAUGGGGGAUUCGAGCGGGCCGAGCGCCGCGGGCCCCGGGAAGCGUCGCCGCCGCCGCCGCCCGCGCUCCGCCCGAGGAGGCCGACGCGGAGGCCCCGGGCCGCGGGCCGCCGCCGCGCCGCCGCCGCCGCCCGCCUCCCCGCCGCGGGGCCCGCGCGUCAGGGGCCUGCUUUUGUGAAGGCCUCUCGGGACGCGGACGCGGACGCGGGGCCGGCGCGGAGCCCGAGGCCCGCCACCCUGCGGCGGCUACCUUCCCCGGGCGCGGCCCCUCAUCCCCGCGAGCACGGUGGCGGCCUGGGCCAUGGAUUAAGGAGGAGGAGGAGGAGGCGGCGUGGGAGGAGGAAGAUGGCGGCCGGCAAGAGCGGCAGCGGCGGCGGCGGCGGCGGCGGCGGCGGCAGCUGCAGCGCGGAGGAGAUGACUUUUCUGGAAGCUUUGGCUAGAGCAGAGACUAAGAAAGAUGGAGGUUUUAAAAAUAAUUGGAGCUUUGAUCAUGAAGAAGGAAGUGAAGGAGAUACAGAUAAAGAUGGGGCACAUCUACUCAGUGUAGAAGAGGAUUCUGAAACUUCAAAUGGAGAAAAGUUAAAUCGUCCGUCUGAAUUUGUUGAUAAUUCUGGUGAUUACAUCUUGAAGACAUAUGUAAAACGAAACAAGGCUGAAAGUUUUAAAACUUUGAAAGGCAACCCAAUUGGACUUAACAUGUUGAGCAACAAUAAGAAAUUGAGUGAAAAUACACAAAACGCAUCAUUAUGUUCUGGAACUGUAGUUCAUGGUAGACGUUUUCAUCAUGCUCAUGUACAGAUACCAGUAGUAAAAACCGCAGCCCAAAGCAAUCAGGACCGAAAAGAAAGGAAGGAAUACCCACCUCAUGUCCAAAAGGCUGAAAUUAAUGCUAUAAGGAUAAGUCGGCCCGUAAGUGUUGAAAGUAUAAUGAAGAAAACAGAAGAGUCUGAAUCUCAAGUAGAGCCUGAAAUUAAGAGGAAAGCACAACAGAAACGACACUGUAGUGUAUACCAGCCUUCUUCUCCUCUGCCUCCUGCUUCAAAAAAAUGUUUAACUCAUUUAGAGGUUUCUGAACAGCGUGAAUGUUGUCCAAAAUGUGGAAAAGAAAAAGAAAACCAGACCAAAUGCCAAAGUUGUGGUAUUAUUUUUCAUAAUGAUUUGCAAAGAAAUUGCAGACAAGCUGUAACAUUAAAUGACUCUACUGCAGCAUUACUAAGAACGUCAAUUCAUCAGAAUUCUGGACAAAAGUUACAAAACACGGGAUUAACAACCAAGAAGUUUUAUGGUAGCAAUAUGGAAAAGAUUCCAGUUGACAUUAUUGUGAACUGUGAUGAUAAUAGACAUCAUUAUUUGCACACUAAUGGGAAAGUCAUUUUACCUGGGCCAAAAAUAACCAAAGCCACAAAUUUGAAAGAAAGAAAAACAAGCCUGUCUGACCUAAAUGAUCCAAUCAUUCUAUCCAGUGAUGAUGAUGAUGACAGUGACAGGACUAAGAGAAGAGAGAGCAUAUCCCCACGGCCUGCUGACUCAGCAUGUUCUUCCCCAGCACCGUCUACUGGGAAAGUGGAAGCAGCAUUUAAUGCAAAUCCCUGCAGAGCUGAGCAUGAGCUAAGGAGCACGCCAGCAGAGUCAGAGCCAAAUGCAGUUGUAUUGCCAAGAAAAGCAAGAAUGAAAGACCAGUUUGGCAAUUCUCUUAUCAGCACACCUCUAAAACGUCGAAAAUUAAUUUCUCAAGAAGCUUUAAUCAAUCCUGUCUCUUUAAGCUGCCAUAAUACCUUUGAAAGUGUCAUUUUAAACUGCCGAAGUAUACGAGUAGGAACACUCUUUAGACUACUAAUAGAGCCUGUAAUUUUUUCUUUAAAUCUUAUCAAGAUACAUCUAGAUGGACCAGAGAGUGAUCCUGUAGAGAUUAUUUUAAAUACCUCUGAUCUAACUAAAUGUGAAUGGUGUAAUGUUAGAAAGUUACCAGUAGUGUUUCUUCAGGCAGUACCAGCAAUUUACCAAAAGUUGAGCAUGCAACUGCAAAUGAGUAAGGAGGAUAAAGUUUGGAAUGACUGUAAAGGAAUCAAUAAGCUAGCGAGUUUAGAAGAACAGUACAUAAUUUUAAUUUUUCAAAAUGCCCUUGAUCCUCAUGCAAACAUGGUAUUUGAAAGCAUCAUUACUGAUAUUGGUUUGAAGAAUAAUGUUUCCAAUUUUUUUGCAAAAAUUCCUUUUGAAGAAGCCAAUAGCAGACUUGUUGCCUGUACAAGAAGCUACGAAGAGAGUAUCAAAGGAAGUUGUACACAAAAAGAAAGCAAAGUUAAAACUGUGUCCUUUGAAUCUAAAGUGCAAGCGAGAAACAAGCAGGAAUUUCAGUUUUUUGAUGAUGAGGAAGAAACUGGAGAGAACCAUACCAUCUUCAUUGGACCAAUAGAAAAAUUGAUAGUAUACCCACCACCUCCAGCUAAGGGGGGCAUCUCUGUUACUAAUGAAGACCUGCACUGUCUAAGUGAAGGAGAAUUUUUAAAUGAUGUUAUUAUAGACUUUUAUUUGAAAUAUUUGGUGCUUGAAAAACUGAAGAAAGAAGAUGCUGAGCGAAUUCAUAUAUUCAGUUCUUUUUUCUACAAACGCCUUAAUCAGAGAGAGAGGAGAAAUCAUGAAACAAGUAAUCUGUCAAUACAACAAAAACGACAUGGGAGAGUGAAAACAUGGACGCGACAUGUAGAUAUUUUUGAGAAGGAUUUUAUUUUUGUACCCCUUAAUGAAGCUGCACACUGGUUUUUGGCUGUUGUUUGUUUCCCUGGUUUGGAAAAACCAAAGUAUGAACCUAAUCCUCAUUACCGUGAAAGUGCAACCAUACACAAAAGUUCCCCUGUGGACGACAGUUGUGUUUCUUCUCCUUUGACCAGUGAAAUGGACAGUGGGUCACAAAACUCUCCUGCCAAGCCUGUAAUUAAGAAGAUGCUAAACAAAAAGCACUGCCUAGCCGGAACUGAUUCAAGUGCUGGACACGGAGAAAGUGAGCCGUGUUAUCGGAGAAACAUAGGCAGUGUGAAAUGUACUGUGAAAAAAAAAAAUCAUACUCCAAGUGAAAGUGAAGAUGCGAAUAAAGGAGAAGCUGCAAGCCAGAAAGUUGUUGAUAGGUCUCAAAGUGAGAAUGGCCUACAGGAUGAAUGCUUAAGUUCGGGUCAUCAUCCAGCUUUGGCUAGAGCAGAGACUAAGAAAGAUGGAGGUUUUAAAAAUAAUUGGAGCUUUGAUCAUGAAGAAGGAAGUGAAGGAGAUACAGAUAAAGAUGGGGCACAUCUACUCAGUGUAGAAGAGGAUUCUGAAACUUCAAAUGGAGAAAAGUUAAAUCGUCCGUCUGAAUUUGUUGAUAAUUCUGGUGAUUACAUCUUGAAGACAUAUGUAAAACGAAACAAGGCUGAAAGUUUUAAAACUUUGAAAGGCAACCCAAUUGGACUUAACAUGUUGAGCAACAAUAAGAAAUUGAGUGAAAAUACACAAAACGCAUCAUUAUGUUCUGGAACUGUAGUUCAUGGUAGACGUUUUCAUCAUGCUCAUGUACAGAUACCAGUAGUAAAAACCGCAGCCCAAAGCAAUCAGGACCGAAAAGAAAGGAAGGAAUACCCACCUCAUGUCCAAAAGGCUGAAAUUAAUGCUAUAAGGAUAAGUCGGCCCGUAAGUGUUGAAAGUAUAAUGAAGAAAACAGAAGAGUCUGAAUCUCAAGUAGAGCCUGAAAUUAAGAGGAAAGCACAACAGAAACGACACUGUAGUGUAUACCAGCCUUCUUCUCCUCUGCCUCCUGCUUCAAAAAAAUGUUUAACUCAUUUAGAGGUUUCUGAACAGCGUGAAUGUUGUCCAAAAUGUGGAAAAGAAAAAGAAAACCAGACCAAAUGCCAAAGUUGUGGUAUUAUUUUUCAUAAUGAUUUGCAAAGAAAUUGCAGACAAGCUGUAACAUUAAAUGACUCUACUGCAGCAUUACUAAGAACGUCAAUUCAUCAGAAUUCUGGACAAAAGUUACAAAACACGGGAUUAACAACCAAGAAGUUUUAUGGUAGCAAUAUGGAAAAGAUUCCAGUUGACAUUAUUGUGAACUGUGAUGAUAAUAGACAUCAUUAUUUGCACACUAAUGGGAAAGUCAUUUUACCUGGGCCAAAAAUAACCAAAGCCACAAAUUUGAAAGAAAGAAAAACAAGCCUGUCUGACCUAAAUGAUCCAAUCAUUCUAUCCAGUGAUGAUGAUGAUGACAGUGACAGGACUAAGAGAAGAGAGAGCAUAUCCCCACGGCCUGCUGACUCAGCAUGUUCUUCCCCAGCACCGUCUACUGGGAAAGUGGAAGCAGCAUUUAAUGCAAAUCCCUGCAGAGCUGAGCAUGAGCUAAGGAGCACGCCAGCAGAGUCAGAGCCAAAUGCAGUUGUAUUGCCAAGAAAAGCAAGAAUGAAAGACCAGUUUGGCAAUUCUCUUAUCAGCACACCUCUAAAACGUCGAAAAUUAAUUUCUCAAGAAGCUUUAAUCAAUCCUGUCUCUUUAAGCUGCCAUAAUACCUUUGAAAGUGUCAUUUUAAACUGCCGAAGUAUACGAGUAGGAACACUCUUUAGACUACUAAUAGAGCCUGUAAUUUUUUCUUUAAAUCUUAUCAAGAUACAUCUAGAUGGACCAGAGAGUGAUCCUGUAGAGAUUAUUUUAAAUACCUCUGAUCUAACUAAAUGUGAAUGGUGUAAUGUUAGAAAGUUACCAGUAGUGUUUCUUCAGGCAGUACCAGCAAUUUACCAAAAGUUGAGCAUGCAACUGCAAAUGAGUAAGGAGGAUAAAGUUUGGAAUGACUGUAAAGGAAUCAGUAAGCUAGCGAGUUUAGAAGAACAGUACAUAAUUUUAAUUUUUCAAAAUGCCCUUGAUCCUCAUGCAAACAUGGUAUUUGAAAGCAUCAUUACUGAUAUUGGUUUGAAGAAUAAUGUUUCCAAUUUUUUUGCAAAAAUUCCUUUUGAAGAAGCCAAUAGCAGACUUGUUGCCUGUACAAGAAGCUACGAAGAGAGUAUCAAAGGAAGUUGUACACAAAAAGAAAGCAAAGUUAAAACUGUGUCCUUUGAAUCUAAAGUGCAAGCAAGAAACAAGCAGGAAUUUCAGUUUUUUGAUGAUGAGGAAGAAACUGGAGAGAACCAUACCAUCUUCAUUGGACCAAUAGAAAAAUUGAUAGUAUACCCACCACCUCCAGCUAAGGGAGGCAUCUCUGUUACUAAUGAAGACCUGCACUGUCUAAGUGAAGGAGAAUUUUUAAAUGAUGUUAUUAUAGACUUUUAUUUGAAAUAUUUGGUGCUUGAAAAACUGAAGAAAGAAGAUGCUGAGCGAAUUCAUAUAUUCAGUUCUUUUUUCUACAAACGCCUUAAUCAGAGAGAGAGGAGAAAUCAUGAAACAAGUAAUCUGUCAAUACAACAAAAACGACAUGGGAGAGUGAAAACAUGGACGCGACAUGUAGAUAUUUUUGAGAAGGAUUUUAUUUUUGUACCCCUUAAUGAAGCUGCACACUGGUUUUUGGCUGUUGUUUGUUUCCCUGGUUUGGAAAAACCAAAGUAUGAACCUAAUCCUCAUUACCGUGAAAGUGCAACCAUACACAAAAGUUCCCCUGUGGACGACAGUUGUGUUUCUUCUCCUUUGACCAGUGAAAUGGACAGUGGGUCACAAAACUCUCCUGCCAAGCCUGUAAUUAAGAAGAUGCUAAACAAAAAGCACUGCCUAGCCGGAACUGAUUCAAGUGCUGGACACGGAGAAAGUGAGCCGUGUUAUCGGAGAAACAUAGGCAGUGUGAAAUGUACUGUGAAAAAAAAAAAUCAUACUCCAAGUGAAAGUGAAGAUGCGAAUAAAGGAGAAGCUGCAAGCCAGAAAGUUGUUGAUAGGUCUCAAAGUGAGAAUGGCCUACAGGAUGAAUGCUUAAGUUCGGGUCAUCAUCCAGACGGUUUAAGCAAAAUCAGGCUAAACUAUGGUGACCAAUCAGCUGAAGGAGCUAAAAUGCUUGAAGAUGGACUCAUUGACUUCUCAGAGGAUCAGGACAACCAGGAUGAUAGCAGCGAUGAUGGAUUCCUGGCAGAUGACAACUGCAAUUCAGAAAUAGGACAGUGGCACUUAAAGCCUACUCUAUGUAAACAACCUUGUAUCUUACUUAUGGAUUCACUUAGAGGUCCUUCUCGGUCAAACGUUGUCAAAAUUCUAAGAGAGUAUUUAGAAGUGGAAUGGGAAGUUAAAAAAGGAAGUAAAAGAAGCUUUUCCAAAGAUGUUAUGAAAGGUUCUAAUCCAAAAGUUCCACAGCAAAACAACUUCAGUGAUUGUGGUGUGUACAUCUUGCAAUACGUAGAGAGCUUUUUUGAGAAUCCAAUACUUAAUUUUGAACUACCCAUGAACUUGUUGAACUGGUUUCCUCCCCCAAGAAUGAGAACAAAAAGAGAAGAAAUUCGAAACAUAAUUCUGAAGCUUCAGGAAGCUCAGUGCAAAGAGAAGCAGCAACAACACAAGGACACUGGCUCAGAAGCAGCCCCGGGUGAGGGGGCGGGGCCCUGUGUGGGCGGGGCCCCACACUGACCCGGAUGGGCGGCCCUGCGGCCCGCCUCCCCUGCCUGCCUCUUCCAAAGCUGCACUUCCAGCUUUGGCUCUAGACAGUAAAGAACUGAAGUGAUUGGGAAAUGUUAAUGCUUGUAUAAAUGUCAUAUAAUUAAUUUUCAAAGGAGUAUGUAUUAAGUAAAAGUCUGUAAAUAUGUUAAUGAGGCCAAUUUUUUCAGCAUUUAUAAUUAUUUUUUUCACUUGUUAGGAAGCUUUUGUUAUGUAUUUUCUGUUAAUAGUACUUAAAACUACAACUUCUUAACAGAAUAAAUAAAGAGAAACUAUUUAUAGGAAAAAUAUUAAUUUGAUAUUCUUUAGUGAACUUGUAUAUACAAUUCUUCAAUGAGUAUGAUUUAUUUCAUGGGAAUAGUCAAUGAUCUAUGAUAAUCCUUUAGAGAACUUCUACAUAUUUUCUAAAAAUGUGAAAAUGAAAUGAAAUCUAAGGCAUUUUGAACUAAGGCAUCUUCAUAUGCUUGAAUAGAAGGAAAGAAGUCAAAGCGUUUGAUUCAUACAUGUGUUCAGAGAACCCCAAAAUGUAAAUAUUAGUGACUUUACACAGAUACUUAAGAAACAGUAUUAAGAGCAAUUUAAAGAACUCUACCCUUGAAUUAUACUAAAAAAAACCAAUGAAUUCUACUUUCAUUGUUGGCAAAUGUAUGAAGACAUUGAAGACUCAGGUUAAAACUAUUUGAUAAGUACAGCUUGACUUUCAAAUAUCCAAUGUUACCUUUCUAUAUUACAGCUCACGGUAUGCUGCAAUCUGUGUGAUAUAUAUGACAAACAUUUUUAAUCUGUGUAAACACAGGCUUUAAAUAGGAAUUUACUAUUUUUUGUAAUGUCUUUUGCUAUUUUUUCAUUGAUCAUUUGUUCUUGUUAUUUUGAUAAAGUAUCAAGACAUUUUG